AUGGACGCUAAUGCAUUCAAUGCUGCAGUUCGAUCGGAUGGCAGCCCUUUGCCGGAGCUCUCGACUUUGACCUACCAAGGCGUUUUCAAUCAGCACAGCUAUCAGACUGGCGGACCUGAGGAGGUGCACAAACUGGCUGUGAGUGCCUAUGCUUCGCGCUUUGAGGAAGAGGGCUCUGCGGGACUUUGGCUCGCUUGCUUUUUGAAGUCCAGCCGAGAUGGACAGCCACGGGACGAGGUGCCCAUGGACCUAAUCGUGGUUUUGGAUGUUUCAGGGUCCAUGAACUGGCCUGUUGAUGGUGCUCUUCGAUCUGGUGGUGUGCCACGAUUGGCCUUAGCCAAGGAUGCCUUGAUGGCUUUGCUUCCCAAGCUGAGACCGGACGACCGAUUUGGUUUGGCAACCUUCUCAAAUGAAGGGCGUGUGAUCCAACCCUUGACCUUUGUAUCAAUACUUCAGCAAGAUGAGCUUCAAGAGCGCAUUGUGGCGUUACAGGCCGGCGGUGGCACAACAAUCUCAGCUGGCUUGGAAGCUGCCGUCCAGAUCUCUGGAGAGACAGACAUCAAGGAAAGACAUCGAAGGCUGCUGUUCCUGACUGAUAUGGAUGACAUGCGACCCGGUCAAUUGGACAAUAUGGUGGCCAAGCAGUCUGAGCGUGGGCUCUACGUGUCAUUUGUUGGGAUUGGACAGAACUUCAAAGCUGAACUAGCGGAACAAGUGUCUAAGCACAGAGGAUCGAACUACUUUUGCAUUACACGAGAUGAGGAGAUGCGCAAGACCAUCGUAGACAAUUUCGAUUGGAACUUCUUUCCAGUGGCUUUCGAUGUUGAGGUCACCCAGCAAAGUGAUUCCUUUCAGCUGGCAUCUGUGUAUGGCACUCCCUUUGAUGCUCGAGAUGAGCUUGUGGAAGCUGAAUGGAUGCCUGAUGUCCAUCGCUUCUAUCCACUGGACUUCAAGUCGACGGUCUCAACCUUUCUUCUUUGUAUACAGAGGCAAUUCCCGGCUGGCUUACCAAUGCCUGCGUUGCAAGGCAUCUUCAGCUUCCUUUCUUCUGGGGUAAGAAGUGUUAUUCGUGUCGAUACCGUGUUUCCCAGCGGCGUGCACGCCGAUGGUGCAGUGGAUGGAGGCCUCAUUCUUUUGCGUCUCCGUGGUGGCAGCGGACAGGUACGUCUGACCUUGCGAUACCAGGCCGGUGAGCGCUGCUUCACCACUUGUCAAGAUGUCGUUGUACCUGAUGAUGAGAGCGUGCCUGAAGCCAUCAGGAAGGGUGUGAUUCUGCAGCGUUACGUGCAGACUUGCAGAGAGUAUCUUAUGCUACGAGAACCGGUUUGCAAAGACUGCGACGGUUUUGAGGAUUAUGCCACUCGGGUGAGGUGUGCUUUCCAGAACUUGGAUGUGUUGGGGCAGGAAUUUGCCAAUGAUGCAGCCAAUGUUGAUGCUCUUUGUCCGGGACUCCGGGAUCAAUUGCACGCUUUUCAAGAAAUGGCCGAGAAACACGCCAAGCGCGUGCUUGAUUCCAAAUGA